AUGGACACACGCCUUGCAGCACUGAUCCUGGCUCUGCUGGGCCUUUUCGGGCCCAGCGAGUGCAAGUACCGGCAGAAGAGGAUCGUCGGUGGCGUGACGGUUCCCACACCACCGGUGGACGACCCUCUGGUGUUUGUCAGGAAGGGCGACCUCGAGGCUCGCGUCUUCGGCACCCGCGACCCCAAAACCGGCUACUAUUUGUUCCGCGGUAUCAGGUACGCCGAGCCACCGGUCGGCAAUCGACGCUUCCAGCGUUCGGUGCCCCUGUACUUGGAAAACGAGGUGAACGCGACCGAGUGGGGCCCACCGUGUCCACAGCCAGGCGCCAACGGCGGAGUGAUCGGUAGCGAGGACUGUCUCUUUCUGAACGUCUUCACGCCCGCGCUGCCCGACGCCACCGACGGCUACCCCGUGCUCGUGUGGAUCCACGGCGGCAACUUUCGCCGCGGCGCGGCCACCCAGUNAGUAUUUCUUUGA